AUAAGAGCCCACCUCUCGUAGCUUUACGGACACUACGUGGAUGAAGAAUACGCGAACGGCUGUGGACACAGAAGCAUUACGCGGAGCUUUAGAUCUUAACCGAGCUGUUGCCCCGCAGCUGCUGGGCUGAUCGGGGCGAGAUGUGGGUUUGGUACUUUCUGCUCGGUUCGGGAACGCGCACUGGCUCGGUCGAUUGCCAGCUUCUACCUGGAAAUAACGUUACAACAGGGUGCAACAUUCCGGGAUAUUUUGUGUGCAGCGAUGGUAAAUGUAUUCCUGGAGGUUGGCAGUGUGACGGCUUUCCAGACUGCUUUGACAAGAGCGACGAGAAGGGUUGCCUGAAGCUGAAGGCAAAAUGUGCACCCACGUUCUUUGCGUGUGCUAAUGGGAUCCACUGCAUUAUUGGCCGCUUCCAGUGUAAUGGUUUCAGAGACUGCCCUGAUGGCAGCGAUGAAGACAACUGCACUGCAAACCCUCUGGUGUGUUCAUCUGCACGGUUCCACUGUAACAAUGGACGGUGUGUGGAUCGUAGUUUUUUAUGCAAUGGACAGGAUAACUGUCAAGAUAACAGUGAUGAGGAGAACUGCCUUACAACAGCAGAAUCCCCUGGACAAGGCUUUGUGACACUGGACUAUCGACUACGCUAUUACCCCAGUAUCACGUAUGCAGUUAUUGGCAGUGCCGUCAUCUUUGUCCUGGUAGUGGCAUUGCUGGCUCUUGUCUUGCACCAUCAGAGAAAGCGAAGUGUCUUGCUGCCACAGGGGGUCUACAGAGGUGCCUGCCACCAACCACUCUUGCUUUCCCGGCUCGUCAUACUGGACAGAGGACAUGCCCGUCGUGGAGGCCAUGACCUUUCACCCCAGCGUUCGUCCUCAUCAGAGGCAAUCAGCUCAGUCCAUAGUCUCCAGCUGCUGUCUCUUUCACAACAUCCUAGAACUGCAAUAGACUUGCCACCAUCAUACUCGCAGGCUGUACUGGAUGUUGGCCGACCCGCAUGGUUUGAUCUCCCACCUCCUCCUUACCCUCCAGAGAAUACUCCAAGUCAGCGUGAGAGAGAACCACCUGUAUAUGAGGGUCCUGUUGAAUUCACAGAAUCAGCCAGAGCUGUAUUAUCACAAACCUGGACCAACAACACCAACAUUGACUCCAGUUGUACAGAGUUAGAGUCUCAGCAGCCACCACUGUAAAUUCAGAAGACAUGGACUGCAUUUACGCUAUGCAAAACUCUAUGUAGAGUGUUCAGAAAGAAAAGCAUUGAUGUAAAUGUUUGCAGACACAGCAAGUGUGUGUAGGAGCAUGUUAGUGCCAUCAUCCAAGUAACUGCAACAUUUCUAUUCUGACCAAUGCUGUUGGCAGCUAAAAAAAACACUAUACAGAUGGUACUAAUCCAAAAUAAGCUUUUUACUAUACCUGCAAAUGUACAUUGAUACUCUUGACUGCAGUAAUGCCAUGAGCAUAAACUUUUACUACUAGUGACCUAAAGGUGUCAAACCUCAUUCUUGUGAGUGGCUGUGUGAGUAAAAGAGAGGUGUUCAAUCAUUUUCAACAUACUGUGUGGGGAAAGUUGUUUUACUAUUUAAUUAUCACUGGGUUACACAGAGUUCAGUGUUUGUAUUCCCUGUGAGUUUGAUGUAAAUUGGGGAAUGCAAUGCGCGUGUCAUGACUUUACGUUCAUGAACAUGCUUAAAGUAAGCUUAGUACUUUACACAUUUUAUGCUCUUAAUUCACAGCACAGAGAAGGGUGUAAUAUAUAAUGACUGCUCUCAUAAACUGCUGGUACUCUGCUUCAGUCUCUACACCCGGAUCAUUGUAGCCUAUUAAAGGUAUACAUGGCUGGCACAUGAUGUAACACCAGGAUGUCAGAGUUAUGUGAUGAUGAACUUUGUUAUUAUUAUUAUUAUUAUUAUUACACUGAGAAAUUUAUUCUGGUACAAAAAUUUUGCUUAUGCGUAAGACCAGUGGUUUUCAGGCAAAGUAUGACCUUCCGUCAUAUCAUACAGUAUUUCCCAUUAUGUUAUACACCAUUAUAUUAGGGGAUGCCCCACGGAUUGCGAUAUGCACUAGUGUCUGAAUAUUGAAACUCAAAAAGACGGUUUAAAUAUGUUUGGCAAAAAUAAAUAAAUAAAUAAAUAAAUAAAAUAAAAUAAUAAAUAAAAGGUUUCAUUUUCAUUUGAUUAAAAAAAAAAAGGUGAAUGCCUUCAUUUGAUUAUCAGAAAAAUUAAAACACACAAGCAUUUCUAGGAAAAAAAAAGAAAAAAGAGUAGGGCCCUAUUGUUUAAAAUGUUAAAAUUGAGAGUUUUGGGAAUUCAGAAUAAAAUAUACCGUUGAGUACUGGCACCAGGAACACCUGCGGCACCACCUGUGUUUUUGCAUUUUAUUUUCUUCCGUCUUACACACAUUAAAUAAGCUAAAAUAUGUGUACUUGAUGCACAAAAAAGCUUCUGUUUAUCAUAAGUUAUACGUUUAAUCAGGGAAAUUUCUGGUUUCAGAGGUUUGGUAUUAAAUCUGAGGAAGCAUACUGAGUUAAACAAUGAAACUAAAAGCCCCAAAUAAACAAUUGCAAGUUUAUUUUAUUUAUUUAUUUUGUCACCCAUCAUUAAUGUAACACUAGUAUUUUGUCUGCAUAUUUCUUGACUCUGCGUCAAAAAAUGUACUAAGUAGAAAAAGUUUUGAUACACAUGAGUUUAAUUUUAACUAACCAGGAUACAAGGAAAGAAAAUGAGGACAAAUUAAUGGACAAC